UCAAACAGCUGCACCUGAUCGGCGACAAGUGCUGCCAGACACGGCCAACCCGCAACCGUAUUAUCAAGAACAGGGGAAAAGUAAAACACAAAGCCACCCUCCCCACCAACCCACCCAGAAGGGUUUUGUAACUCAAUUUGGUGAUUUCCCAACAAUUCGCCAUUAUUGUUAUUUGUUGCCAAGAGAGAAAAAGAACACACACACAGAAAAAACAGGCUAGCGGGUUUAGGACAACGGUACAGCACCGCCGCAGAAAGAUUCUAGUUCCGGCGGACUGUCCUGUGACGCGCUCGUGUGGGUGAAUCACGAACCAAACUCUAUUGUUUGUCCAGCAGAGGCUGUGCAAUGUUGUCAUCAAACACACGCAUAUCGCAAGCACAACAUCGCCGUGUAAAAUAGAGACACGUCAUUUCUCGAACCUGACUGACAGAUGGUUAAAAAUGUUGCAAAACUUUUUACCAAACGCUAUUCGGUAGAAAGUACCCAGAUCGGGCAGUAGGUAGUGACAACAACAACAAAAAAGCACAGAGAGCAAUACGCCGCAAUACGCAGUUUUCCCGUACGCCGCAAUCAACCCACCCCCGGAGGACAUCCACAAUCAAUACCACCAAGCGCACCGUAUCGUGUAAGGGCCCGUAGGUUAAGUAACGUUGUGCCGACCCUGGUUGGAGGCAGAGAAAGCGCGAUCAUGAUGUGGCUGGGCAGCAGGUGUGUCGUCGUUUCGGCACUGCUGCUGCUACUCACCUGCAGCCUACCGUGGGGCUCGGAAGCAUCGAACGUGGACAAGGGCAAGCUACAGGCGCAGGCACCGCAGGACGACAGCGAGGACGAUAGUAGGGCACCUCCGGCCGGCAACACCGACCGGGUAGUGGUGGUGGAGAACGUCCCCAACAAUGAGCGUAAAGCGGCCGAAGGAUUGAUUAAGCUGGGCGAUGAGCAGAAGAGCCCGGACGGUGCCGACCAGCAGGAGCAACGGCCCUGGGAAAAGCUGGACCUCGACACGAUCAAGCUGGUGCAGAUAACGGACUUUGCGAAGGAGAAGGAUAGCAAGAAAAUCCCGAGCGUGCUGUACGACAUCCUGGAGGUGCAGAAGCUAAUGAUACAGAACAUCGUGAACGAGAUAGAGGAGAUCGAGCAGCAGCAGCAGUCCGGUUCGGAGUUGGUUCCACCGAGCGAGGAAGCGACCGAGGCGGCCAAGAUCUACGAACGCGCCCAGAGCGUACUGAACAAGACGCGGGUGGACCGUCUGCUCGGUCACAAGCUGAUGGUGGAGGCGGCCGGCAAAGGACACCCGCUAGCAAGAAGCCACGUCGCCUGGGCCCAACUGCUCGGCAGUCCGGUCCCGCUCGAUAUCGAGUCGGCGAAGCAAACGUUUCUCGAGCUAGCCGAGGAAGGGCUACCGGAUGCGCAGAUGGGUCUCGGCUUUAUGCACGCCGCCGGGAUCGGCUUUAACGUGAGCCAGGCGAAAGCGCUGCUGUACUACACGCUCGCGGCGGCUGGCGAAAAUUCCUGGGCCCAGAUGGCACUCGGCUACCGGUAUUGGGCCGGUGUCGGUGUACCGAACAGCUGCGAAACGGCGCUCGAAUACUAUCGGAAGGUGGCGACGAAGGUCGCGUCCCAGGUGACGUUUUCCGGCGGUGCAGCCGUCCACCGGAUACGGUUGCUGGACGAGGUGGACAAUUCCGGACCGAGCUCGGGCAUACUGGACAACGAUCUGAUCGACUACUAUCAGCUGCUGGCGGACAAGGGCGACGUGCAGGCGCAGGUCGGUUUGGGCCAGCUGCACUACCAGGGCGGACGUGGCAUACCGCUCGACCAUCAGCGUGCGCUACAGUACUUUAGCCAGGCAGCGAAUGCGGGCAAUGCGGUGGCGAUGGCGUUCCUGGGCAAGAUCUAUCUCGAGGGUAGCGACAACAUUAAGGCGGACAAUGAGACGGCGUUCAAGUACUUCCGGAAGGCGGCCGAUCUGGGCAAUCCGGUCGGGCAGAGCGGACUGGGGAUUAUGUAUCUGCACGGUAAGGGUGUGCGCAAGGACACGAUGAAGGCGCUCAAGUACUUUGCCAAGGCGGCCGAUCAGGGCUGGGUCGAUGGACAGCUGCAGCUGGGAAACAUGUACUACAGUGGCAUCGGCGUGCAGCGAGAUUUUAAGCUGGCAAUUAAGUACUUCAGCCUAGCGUCCCAGUCCGGUCACGUGCUAGCGUUCUACAAUCUCGGCCAGAUGCACGCGAUCGGGCUCGGCAUGAUACGGUCCUGUCCGACGGCGGUCGAGCUGUUUAAGAAUGUGGCCGAACGGGGCAAAUGGGCGGACCGGCUAAUGUCCGGCUACCAGGACUAUCGGUCGUACCGGUUCGAGGAAUCGUUCAUGCAGUACGCCCUGCUGUCGGAGAUGGGCUACGAGGUGGCGCAAAGCAAUGCCGGCUUUCUGCUCGACCGCGAAGAGGUGAACCUGUUCAAGGAUCGUGGCGAAGAGCUGGUCCGUGCGCUGCAGUACUGGGGUCGGGCCGCUGCCCAGGGCUAUUCGGCGGCGCAGGUCAAACUCGGUGACUAUCACUACUACGGGAUGGGAACGCUGAUCGACUACGAGAUGGCUGCAUCGCACUACCGGAUGGCUUCCGAACAGCAGAACAAUGCGCAGGCAAUGUUCAAUCUGGGCUACAUGCACGAGCAAGGUUUGGGCAUGAAGAAGGACAUACACCUGGCGAAGCGGUGCUACGAUCUGGCCGCCGAUUCGAGCGUCGAUGCGAAGGUUCCGGUUACGCUCGCGCUCAUCAAGCUGCAGCUACUCUUCAAGCUAGAAUCGCUGAAAGAGACACCGUUAAAAAUAAUUUUCAACCUAGAUGAAAAUAUAGCCUCCAACUGGGACCUGUAUCUGAUCACGGUCAUUACGAUACUGUGCGGUGCCGGCGUGUACUUCUGGCGCCCGGUUCCGACCGCACCGACGCCCACACCCAACGACGGUACCGGAAAUGGAGCGCCGGCCAGUGCCACCGUUCCUGCUGCUUCCGCCACCGCCUCCACCACCACCACCAAUACGGCAACCUCCAGCAGCAGUGCAUCUGCCGAGGAUGAAGUGGUCAGUGGGGCGCGUGCAACCAAUUCCGAGAACGCUGAAAAUCGGGCAAAUCGCAAUAAUGAGCCACACGCAGAUUCGACGCAAAAUGAACACGUCGAAUAAAGGGGGGAAUGUGUGUGUGUGUGUAAGGAGGGCAAAAUAUUGUAAAUAAUUGUGAUAUUACCAUUUGUUUCAAAAUAGUUAUCACACAAAGUAUAAUCAUUACGAAACACGCUUCCGUAAA